GUGAUAAACGUUUCAUGUGUUGAGUUAUCUGUUUGUUGUUUGUUGUCUGCAAAUACGCACAAUUUUUUAAUCGUUAUGGGUCGAAAUGUUCUAGUUAGUAGCUUGCAGAAUGCGUCGUUUAGCAUCAUAUUCCAGAUAAUUUGCCGGUGUAUCACGUUUGCCAUUAAUGCGUUCAUAGUGAGGAACGUUGGACGCGAAGUACUAGGCAUAACGAAUGUACGACUUCUUCUGUUAGAAAGUACGCUGCUCUUCCUCUCAAAAGAAGCGAUAAUCCGUUCGGCUUUGAGCUCUCGCCACAACAAACAAUGCAGCUGGGCGCAGCUUAUUAACCAGCUAUGGAUAACCGUUCCGGUAUGCUUCACGUUAACCGUCCCAUGUUUGUACAUUUGGCUCAACUGGCUAUCGCCGGUCGAUGCAAUCUACGCCGAACAGUACCGGUUUGGUUGUUUUGCGAUAGCAUUUUCAUGCAUCAUAGAGAUGACCGCGGAGACACCCAUCUUCGUGGGGCAAGUGUUUUGUUUUGUGAAGCUGAAGGUCGUUCUCGACACCGGUCAUAUCUUCAUACGAUCGUUUAUUUUCAUCGUAAUCGUGUUGCUAAACAAAAACGUUACAAUUUAUGCCUUCGGAAUCGCACAAAUCACCAGCGCGUGCACUAUUAUCAUCGGCAAUUAUGCAUUCUAUUAUUUCUACAUACCGAGAUUAUUACGGUAUCGAGCUGAGCUUAAAAAGGUGGACGAUAAAUACGUGUUACGCGAGCGGUACGGCCAGAACUACGAAAACAUGGACGAUUUUCCCUUUGUGUCCAUCAAACAAAUGCUUCCAGCUGUGCUUCCAAACCCAAACUCUGUCUUUAACUCCGAUCUGCAAACUCUUGUUCUAAGCUUCGCCAAGCAAGGCAUACUUAAACAGGUACUUACCGAAGGUGAAAAGUACGUCAUGUCCGUCAGUCCCGUGCUUACGUUUAGCGAGCAGGCCACGUACGAUGUGGUCAACAAUAUGGGCAGCCUAGCUGCUCGAUUCAUAUUCCGUCCUAUAGAGGAUAGCAGUUAUUUCUACUUCACGCAGUCCAUCGCCCGCGACACAACCCUCACGGAACAGAAGCGUGAAGUCGUGCAGGAAGCGUCUGACGUUCUUGCAUACGUGAUGAAAACCGUCACCUCGAUCGGUUUGCUGGCGUUCGUCUUCGCUCAGAGCUACUCGGGAACCGUGCUACUCUUGUACGGUGGAGCAGAUUUUGUCGAAGGUGGCUUGCCGGAGCAGCUGCUCCGCUGGCACAGCCUGGCGAUCGUGCUACUGGCACCGAACGGCAUCACAGAGGGAUACAUGUUUGCGACCAACACCUCCAAGCAGAUCGAUACGUACAACUACUAUAUGGCUUUCUUUUCCGUUACGUUUCUGCUGCUGUCCUAUCAGCUUACCAACUGGUUCGGACCGGUCGGGUUCAUAUUGGCCAAUUGUUGCAACAUGAGCUUCCGCAUCAGCUACAGCGUGUUCUACAUCAACAAGCAUUUUCGGUCGGUUGGAUUGAGCCCGCUACGAAAGGCACUGCCCGGUCCGAUGUACCUGAGCAUGUUGGCUGUGUGUGGGAUCGUUUGCAAAGUGUCCGAGGCAUACUUUAGCAAUAGCUGUAUCCUUUGUCACCUGCUGAUUGGAGCAAUUUGUACCGGCCUAUCAAUUGGCACGUGGAGCUUUGAAAAUCGAGAUCUUUUACGCACGGGAUUGGCACGGUAUCGUACUCGGAAACAGAGCCUAACGCCAAGCUAAGCUUAUUGGCGCUGUUUUUGAUUCGCUUGCCGAUAUUGAAUCUAUACCAAAGACGUAGCAGCUCAAUUAUCAGAAAAGCUUGGGAUUCUUUUCGUUUACACAGGUAACUGGUAAACGACUCAGAAUUCCGUCCCUCUAGCAGUUUAGAGAAUUUGCUUUGGCCUCUCUUCGCCCAUAUCCAGCAACGAAUGUGAUAUACAUGUCC